AGGGUGGGACCAGCAAGAUAUAGGAAGGGGCGGGACAAGCAUAGCCUCACAGGAAAGGGGUGGGGCAGCACAGGACAUGGCAGGGCUAGCAGAAAACCCAUCAGAAGUAAGGAAACAAACAACAAAGAAGCAUCAUAGGCCUCUUAUCAAACUCUCCUUCUCCGAUUCCCCCCCAGAACCCGGUCUGAUGUCAUCUGGUCCCCUCGUCUCCCCCCUGUUUCAGAGACAAGUGGUCUCAGCAGGGUCUGCCCACCUGGCCAACCACUGACUUAGGAGGGACACUGCUGUGGACAGAGAUUGGCUAAGUGGGCAGGUCAGAGACGGUGAGCAGGAGAAAAUAACUUAUUUUAUUUUUACUCCGCCCCCAGCCAUAUAUCACAAAAUUAUGUCCCUAGACAACCCCUGCUACUGUGAAGGGGAAGUUGGGAACCUUGAUACGCUGCAACCACAUAUUGUAUAAAAAGUUAAGAACCAAGAUACCAGAAGUCAUGCAACGUGAGUACAGAGCCUGACUGCCGAGGCUGCUGAUUGGCUGCAGUGGUCACCUGACAUCCACUGCUCAUGUAACAAUGGAGCACCAACAAGAAGCAGAACGGGGGAUUAGCGAGGGAACAGAGGAAACCAUGGCUACUGCCCCGUCUGUGAAUCUGGAUGGCCUCCGAGAAGUGCUUGAGUGCCCAAUAUGUAUGGAGACAUACACAGAAGAAGAACUGAGGCCAAAACUUCUCCAGUGUGGUCACACCAUAUGUAAACAGUGCCUUGAAAAGCUUUUAGCCAGUACCAUUAAUGGAGUGCGCUGUCCUUUCUGUAGUCGCGUAACCCGUGUCACAAAUUCAUCUCAGCUGACUGAUAACUUGACAGUAUUAAAAAUCAUGAACACAGCAGAACUGGGCGAGGCAGUCAUAGGUUUAAUGUGCAAGACGUGUAAUCGAAGACUACCACGAAGGUACUGCAAAAAAUGUGCUUAUGUGAUUUGUGAAAUGUGUGGAGAAGAGGCACAUCCCUCUCCAGAUCACAUUGUACUUUCAAUCGCUGAAGCCGCAAAUGAGCGUCGGCAAAGCUUACAGGAAAAGCUUACUUGUCUUAGACAGUCCAUUCAGGAACUACAGAAGAGAAAAUCCUCUCUAGACAGUCUUUCUUCACAGUUAAAGUGCAAGUACAAAUUAGUUUUGCAAGAUUACAGUAAAGAAGAAAUUAAUGUGCAAGAGGAGCUGGCUCGAUCGCGCAAGCAUUUUACAUCUUCCUUGUAUGAGGUAGAAAAAUUAAACAAUCACGUUCUGGAUGAGCAAGCUUACCUUCUCAACAUAGCAGAAGUACAGAUUGUGUCUAGGUGUGACUACCUGAUGCUUAAGGUAAAACAAUCAGAUUCAGCUCUUCUGGAAGAGUCUUUCGAGGAAGAAGAACCCAACCUAGUGGCUAAUUUAACACAAGACCUUACACUACAAGAUGUAGAAUUUCUUAAGCUAGGGCAUGUUGGUCCUGUACAGGUAGGUCAAGUCAUCAAGAAGCCUUACAAUGCAAAUUUAGAUGACCCUAACACAGAUGGAUUUCCUGUGGCUAUGAGCAAUGAUAUAGAGCCACUAGCAGAGGAACUAAGUCAUGUGCAACCUUGUACUUCAACUCCUAUGGUCCAACUUGCAGAUACUGCAUGUAGUUUACAGCAAUGUCAGUUUCUGAGGAAGAUGGGAUCUAAGGGUAAUAUGCCAGGAAUGUUUAAUCUGCCUGUCAGUAUCCAUGUUACAUCACUGGGCGAGGUACUUGUUGCGGACAGAGGUAACUGCAGAAUUCAGGUUUUUAACAGAAAAGGCUUUUUGAGAGAAAUAAGACGAAGUCCCACUGGAAUUGAUACUUUUGUGUUAAGCUUCCUUGGUGCAGAUCUUCCUAACUUGAUUCCGUUAUCGGUAACUAUGAACUGCCAUGGACUAAUAGGUGUAACAGACAAUUAUGAUAACUCUGUGAAAGUAUAUACAAUGGAAGGACACUGUAUUGCCUGUCACAGAAGCCAACUAAGCAAACCAUGGGGAAUUGCAGCCAUGCCUACGGGUCAGUUUGUAGUAACUGAUGUGGAAGGUGGAAAACUGUGGUGUCUGACUGUAGACCGAAGCCUUGGUGUUGUCAAAUACAGUCGGCUUUGUAGUGCUGUGCGGCCAAAGUUUGUAGCAUGUGACCAGCACGGAACUGUAUAUUUCACUCAAGGGCUAGGUCUAAACUUGGAAAACCGUCAGUAUGAGCAUAAUCUUGAAGGAGGGUUUUCGAUUGGCUCAGUGGGAGCUGACGGGCAACUGGGUCGACAAAUCAGUCACUUUUUCUCAGAGAAUGAAGACUUCCGUUGUAUUGCAGGAAUGUGUGUUGGGGCCCGGGGAGACUUAAUUGUGGCUGAUAGUGGUCGAAAAGAAAUUCUACAUUUCCCUAAAAGCGGGGGGUACAGUGUCUUAAUCAAAGAGGGCUUGACCUGUCCUGUUGGAGUGUCCAUAACUCCGAAGGGCCAACUGUUGGUGCUGGAUUGUUGGGAUCAUUGUAUUAAAAUUUAUAGUUACCAUACACGCAGGUAUUCUUCACCUUGACACAGAUAGGUCCCUUACAUUGUUGAUAGCCCUUGCUGUGACAAUUUGCUUUUAGGCACUUUAACAAAAGAAAAAUGCAGUCUAUGCACCACUCAGCAUUUUCCAAUUCACCUAUGAGUCAUUAUAAUAGAAAGGAACCAAGAAGAGUGUAUCAUAUAUGCAUUCAUCUCACACCUCUAAAAAUAAGGCUUUUAACAGCUCGUAGAGGCUUUCAGAUGUCAACAAUUGUAAGAAUUCAAUAUCAUGUCUUUAUUGUAGGGAGUAUUGUCCCAACAUUAUAUUCUGGUUUACAGUAUCCGCUCUAAUCAUGUCAGCUAUUCUUUCUAUAUCGACUGGUAAAACAUCUCUCGUUUACACAGAAGGAAAAGAGCAGUUCUUAAACUGUCAAUGGGCUGGCCUUGUCUUUGUUCCAGGAACAAAGGAAACAUUGUUAGUGUCUAGAUUUUCCAUUCAGUAUUUAGCUUUUACUCCAUAUAUGCAGAGUUAAAGGAAAUAUGCAGCCCUAACAACAAUAAGUGUCUGAUCGCGGGGGGUCCAACCGCCGGGGCCCCCCUGCAAUCUCCUGCGGCGGCUGACACGCCUCCUUCAUGUAGUUCUAUGGGAGAGGCGAGGAGGCAGCAUUCGUGCCUCCCCACCUCUCCCAUAGAGCUGUAUGUGGAGGGGGCGUUUCGACGACAUCACUGAGGUCAACGCUACGCGGUCAGACCCCCCGCAAUCAAACACUUAUCCUCUAUACUGUGAAUAGGGGAUAACUUGUUAUGUCUGCAGUUGUCCUUUAAGCUGGCCAUACACUUUUUAGAUAGCUUUCAGGCGAAUGGGUGUUUAUCCUACAGCUAUUCCUUUUCAACCCACACAUAGUCAGAAAUGCAUGUGUUCUGAAUGAGCAAAGGGGGGUAAGCAGUUGCCAGACCCCCUUCUACAGCAUCUUCUCUCUCAUAAAAACAAAAGAACUAGGCAUUUUUAAAUCAGGUGGCAGAUGUCAGAGGACUAUAACUCCCAGGCCUACUAAAAUCACCAACAAAAGGCCAUACUUACGGGUUACUGAUAAAAUGGCAGAUUAAAAAACCUUUUCCCACCAUGGUGUAGUUCAGCAACAAUGCUAUAUGGGGGAGGUCAUAGGUGCAACAUGCAAAUGAACAGCUACUCACCUGCCUACCAUUCAUAAGGGGGUAGCUGCUUAAUAUGAGAACUGCACAUAGGGCAUACAAAGGGUGCCAAUGGCAUGAUGGUGUGUAGUUCACCAUGCUUGUUUAAAGCCUGUUAAGGACACCCAUAUUAUUCAAUAAUGUCUAGGGACUAGCCAAACACACACAUACACACUUGAUGGUUUGCUGGUCCCAUCAAUAUAAUGGCCCAGAUUUAUCAAACUAUGUGAGGGUAAAAGUGGAGUGAUUUUUCCCACCAAUCACAGCUCAGCUCUCACUUUACUAGAGCUAGUUAGCUGAGCUGUGAUUGGUUGCUAUGGAAAAAUCACUUCACUUUUCCUCUCACACAGUUUGAAAAACCUGGGCCAAUGUGUUUUACUAAAACUGUCUAAUUCUUAUUGCAAACUUUUCUAGACUAGUAGUCUCCAAACCAGUUGGUACAUAAUUUGGUACAUUUAGGCUACAGCUUCAGAUAGCAAGGCCACACCUUCUUCGUCAGGUCUGGCAGAAUUAUGUCUGAAACUCAGUGUGGUGAAAGAUUUUUGGCACACUUUGCAAUGCUAGAUCUGGGCCAAUGUCUACGACAUGUAGUUGCCACUCUUUUUGUUGAAAGCCAAGCUGGAUCAUAUCCAAGAGAGAUUAGAAAUAUUGUUUUAAGGAAUAAAUGUAUGCAGUCUCCAAGCAAUGUUCUCCUGGGCCUUGUAGUAGAAAUGCUUUACUGUAUGAUGACCAUGUAUGUGAACAUUUUUAACAAAGAAACUGCCGUGGGGAUUGUGACACAAGUCAUUAUUUAUUUCUGUUUAAUGGAGAUCUAAUAAGAUUUAAUGCGACAUUUUGGGUUGGGUUGCUUUAUGUAUCUGAACUUGACAGUAAGUCAUAUAAGAAAGAGGCAUUUGUGACAUAAAAGUAUCACUAAUCGGAACAUUUACAAAACAAUUUAAUAAAUAUAAAACCAAUUUCUUAUUCCCCUAAUCUCCCAGUUUCCUUUUGAUCCUUUUUUUUUGUCUCUUUUUGCAAGUACAAAGAGAAAUAUAUAUAUAUAUAUAUAUA